UUAUAAAUAAAUCUUCAAACUCAAACAUCUCUCCUUAUAUACUACUUGUCUUCUCUACUUUCCAAAUAUCACAAAACAAAACUAAAUCAUUCUUUUUCUUCUCUCUUCUCAAAAGCCACUAAGUAACAUGUCUUCUUUCAAGAGCAAAUAUGAAGAUGAACUCAUUGCCAAUGCUGCUUACAUUGGCUCUCCUGGAAAGGGUAUCCUUGCUGCUGAUGAAUCUACCGGCACAAUAGGAAAGCGAUUUGCCAACAUCAAAGUUGAGAAUAAUGAAUCAAACCGGCGUGUUCUUCGUGAACUCCUAUUCACUGCCCCUGGUUGUUUAGAGUGCCUCAGUGGUGUUAUCUUGUUCGAAGAAACACUAUACCAAAAGACUGCUGCAGGAGUACCCUUUGUGGAGGUUUUGAAGAAAGGCGGAGUUCUUCCCGGUAUUAAGGUUGACAAGGGAACCGUUGAACUUCCAGGCACAAACGGAGAAACUACAACUCAAGGUUUAGAUGACCUUGGCCAGAGGUGCAAGAAGUACUAUGAAGCUGGUGCAAGGUUCGCUAAAUGGCGUGCCGUGCUAAAGAUCGGUCCUAAUGAACCAUCUCCAUUGUCAAUCCACGAAAACGCAUACGGUUUAGCUCGUUAUGCAGUCAUAUGCCAAGAAAACGGGUUGGUUCCUAUUGUUGAGCCUGAGAUUCUUGUUGAUGGAUCACACGAUAUCGCAAAAUGCGCUGAUGUAACAGAACGUGUUCUCGCGGCAUGUUACAAGGCAUUAAGUGACCAUCAUGUUCUUCUUGAAGGCACUCUUUUGAAACCUAAUAUGGUCACACCAGGAUCAGAUGCACCAAAAGUUGCUGCUGAGGUUAUAGCCCAACACACCGUCCGAGCUUUGUUGCGAACCGUUCCAGCCGCUGUUCCUGCUAUAGUUUUCUUGUCUGGUGGACAAAGUGAAGAGGAAGCAAGUGUUAACCUUAAUGCAAUGAACAAACUUCAGGGAAAGAAGCCUUGGAGUCUCACAUUCUCUUAUGGAAGGGCACUUCAGCAGAGUACUCUUAAGGCUUGGGGUGGAAAAGACGAAAAUAUCGCUAAGGCUCAAGCUGCAUUGCUUGUUAGGUGUAAGGCAAAUUCAGAAGCAACUCUUGGAAAAUAUCAAGGUAAUGCUAACCUUGGUGAUGGUGCUUCAGAGUCUCUUCAUGUUAAGGAUUACAAAUACUGAUUUGUUAUCAGGCUUUUGAGGUUCUUAUUGUACUUGUUUUGGAGUUUUUUGCACUGUUUGCAUCAUGGUUAUGGUGCUUUUUUGUAGGGUUAUUAUAGUCUUUUUAUUUUUGUUUAGGUUUGUUGUGGUAAAGUAUGAAUAAUGGCUUCAGGCUGAACUUGCUUGAUUGACAUUUAUUUUUCAACAUGGUUAUGUUAUGUGUAUGUGUACACUUUUUCUAUUACACAUUUUUCACACUACUUUGCUGUGCAAUAAAACAAGAAAAAUGUGCUUAAUACCAAAAGUUAUGUGUAAGCAGAAAGUGUCUCAUUUUUCAAUGGUCACAAUUUAUUUACAA